AGCCCAAGUAGAACUUUCUUCCUCAAGGUUUCGUUCAUGGUAUAAAUUUUGCUGUUUGUAACUUUUCUUUUGUUUUUCUCAACACUGAAUUAAUUAAUUUUAAUAUAUUGUUACCCACCACUUUCAUUUCUUCCCCAAGCAAUAUCCCCUUUCCUAACAAACCCUUCGCCUUCCAUAUCCAAAAUCCCUAAUAAAAAAGUACAGAAAUUGGGAUACAAAAACCCAUUAAAACCUUGCGGAGAUUCAGAAACAAUGGCGUACGUGGAUCACGCUUUCUCGAUAUCGGACGAGGACAUAAUGAUGGAGACCUCGUACGCCGUCAGCAAUAAGCCGCCAAUCAAAGAGAUCUCGCUCGCCGUCGCCCUCUUCGUUUUUGGUGCACUCGGGAUCGUCCUCGGUGCCUACAUGGCCGUCAAUGAAAUCGGCGGUGAUCGGGCCCACGGGUUAUUUUUCGCAAUACUCGGCGGAAUUCUAUUUAUUCCUGGAUCCUACUACACGCGGAUUGCCUACUAUGCUUACAAGGGUUAUAAAGGUUUCUCCUUUUCGAACAUACCACAAGUCUAGUGAUACUGUACCCUCUCCAUAGUAAUGUAAAUAAUAUGAUAUGCUUGUUGUUAUAACUUGCACUAUCCAUCUUUUGCUUCUAUUAUUUAUGUUAUGUCAAGUAACGGAUAUGCUUGUAAAUAAACAACACGUGAGAAAGACAACCAUGUCACAUGUGAGUAUACUUUGUUCCUAUAUAUACAGGUUAAAUUAAGUUUAGUCUCCACGAGUGGUACGUUUUAGUUUAGUGCAACCUUGGUC